AUGUCAUUAUUAGAAUCAAUAAAUUAAAAAUGGAUAAUCCCAUUGGGCAACCGAAACUUAUCAAAUACUUACUUAUAACAACAGAAUUACAAGCUCAUCCAGCGUUUAGGAAUGGGUGCCUUUGGAGAGAUUUACUUGGCUUAAAAUAAACAGAAGGAGGAAUACGCUAUAAAAUUAGAAAGAACCAAUUGCCAAUAUCCACAGAUUCUAUAUGAGGCCAAGGUGUAUGCUUUCCUUCAUCAGGAUUCUCAAUAAUUAGACAAAGGUAUCCCCAAGAUAUUUGGAGCAGCAACUGAAGGAGAUUAUAAUUACUUGGUAAUGGAGCUUUUGGGAAAAUCAAUUGAAGAUUUAUUUGCUUAAUGCCAUCGCAAAUUAUCAAUUAAAACAGUGUGUAUGCUUGCAGAACAAAUGGUUUCCAGACUUGAAUUAAUGCAUUCACGAUCCUUCAUACAUCGUGAUGUGAAGCCUGAUAACUUCCUAAUGGGCAUAGGCAAGAAGCAGGCCAAACUCUAUGUCGUAGAUAUGGGAUUAGCCAAAAGAUAUUUGACCAAGGAUGGACACAUUCCAUUUAAAGAAAAUAAACCACUUACAGGGACUGCUCGUUAUGCAAGUAUUAAUACUCAUUUGGGAUAUGAACAAAGUCGAAGAGACGACCUUGAAGGCUUGGCUUAUGUUCUUGUUUAUUUAGCCAAAGGCACUCUACCCUGGAUGAACCUUGUAUGUAACAAUAAAAAUGACAAAUACGUUCUCAUCAAAGAAAAGAAAAUUAAGACAACAACUGAGCAACUCUGUUCAGGAUUACCUGAGGAAAUGGCUUUGUACUUGAAUUAUGUUAAGAAAUUGAAAUUUGAAGAGAAACCAGAUUAUAAUUAUUUACGGAAUCUCUUCAAAUAAACGUUACAAAAAUAAAACCUGUAAUUGGAUUACAUUUACGAUUGGACCAAACCUGAAAAAAGAAGAUAAGAAAACGAUCAAAUGGAUGAUAUCCGAAAAGUUAAGGAAGAAAUUGCCAAUAAAGAAGUGGAUCCUAAAUUAAAGCAAAUUCCUCCUUAACAACCUGCGAAAGCUUAAUCCAUCAUUGCACCAAAACCCUAACCCUAACCUAUCAAUUCUCCUAAAGAAAAUCAAAAAGUCCAAUAGAAAUAAAUUCGACCACAAUCUGCUCAAAAACCCAUAGUUCCUAAAAGACCUCAAUUACAAACUUAAUAAGGCAAAAAACCACCGGUAGAACCUAGAGUAGCAGCACCGAGAAUUGUAAUUAAUAAAGAACCUUAUACUAAAUAUUGA